GUUAGAUGAUAUAAGAGCCACACUUGGUCCCCCUCCACCGUUGAGUUUGACGCGGGCAUUUGAACAUUCCAGGAUCUAAGGCUCCAAGAGUUUGACGGACACUGGACACUUGUGAAGAGAGCACCUCAGCCAGAACUCAAUCCAUAUAUAAAAGACACUGAAUUGCUGCCAAACAUGUCGUCUGUAGUAUAUACCACAUCUUGUAAUUGUCACCUCUUGCUCCAAAUUCAAGAAACUUCGGGCAAUGUCAUAUCACGUCGAUUUCCCGUACAUGAUCCCGAAUGGGUUCGCCUCCAGCGAAACGGAAAACAACGUGAUAGGACACGACUCUGACUACAUGAAUCUUUCCCCCACCGGCGAUGCGUCUAUUCCAACAUCGGUGCCUUCGUUGAAUGCCCAAAGCCAUACAGUUGCGACCUCGGCGUCUUCAUCUGGGAAUCCGAUCUUUCCAUUCACGAGCAGCAACCCGGCGCAGAGCCAGAGCAGCCAGUCAAACGCGAACCCACAUGACUCGGGCUCCAGCUGUCCAAUCGGCUCUUCGGUCAUCGACCCGGCCCUCUUGCCAAGUGGAAGCGCGGCGCUUGACCUCCCGUUCGAGGACAAGGGUAGCCACCACUCUCUCCAGGAAGCCCGCGCCCUCCGAGCCUGGCAUGCUCAAAGGGUCUCACAACUCGGCGAGUAUAUCAAGGUUAUCGAAUCACAGAUUGCAAACAACUUCCCUGCCCUCUCAGCAACCCCUGCGCCUGCGGCAUAUGGACAGUGGGCACCCGCCAUAGCUGGUACGGGUUAUGGUGAUGCACAUCGCUUGGGAUUCUCUGCAGAGAACUUUGCUCCAAUCUCCGCCAAUUUGGCAGCCAAUCCAUCUUCUUUUCCACAUGGAAACCCCCCUCAGGCAAACCACUCUGCUUCCAAUGAUCUUUCAUACAACAAUCCUUACCCCCUCUCUGAUUCCACCAAUAGUUUCAUGCCAUUGGAUACUCUUCUGGCGGUUGGGAACAACUUUACACAAGACUCCAGCUACCAUGAGAGCCAAAUGAAUAUGGUCGACGUCCAACUGAAUGGAAUGCCCACGACCAACGUCUCCGGUCCGAGUCAGAUGACCAAUUCUCUCGAGGCCGACUUCUCUAUCGGCCAGUCUUCCAACGGUAGAGGUACCGCGGCCUCAGAGACUUCAGGGCCAUCAGCCGAUGCUCCAUCUCCCCAAGACAAUGCCGACUCCGGAAGUCCCAGCCCCAGUUCUUCAGAUCGCAUCCCAUGCCCCAUCAAUACCUGCGGCCACACGUCGACGGCCAAAAGGGACAUGCAGCGACACAUUGAUGACAGACAUGAUGAAACACCUAACGACUUGAUCGGUACAGGGUGGACCUUAAGCCCACAGAUAUCUUGCCCCUACAGCGGCUGCACAUUGAAGUUCCGCCGCAAGGACCGCUUGAAGAGGCAUCUUGACGCGGGAAAGCAUCGUCUGAUAACAACGUCGAACCUAAAGAGACUUUUGGAGCGUCCAGGUCUAUGGUAGCAUUCAAGACAAACACGAAGAGGCACUGACGGGCAAAGGUAGAGGAGUAGAAGAAAGACUCUAGAAAGAGAAGGGAUUUAGCAUGGUCACAAAGACCCGGAGUUGAGGAACUGAAUGUCAACGGAACAGAGUGGGAGUAAAAGGGAGUCAGGGGCAAUGGAUGAUAGCGACUACAGUGGCAUUUGGUUUGAUGGUUUAUUUCUUUGCUUUCUUCUUUUACAUACAAAUAUCUUUACAUACAGGCAAGAUCUUCCUGUCUUUCGUUCUCACCUGCCCCAGCCAGCUACCAUAACGGG